AUGCCAUACGUGCGGCCACCGAGGACCCAGGAGGUCGGUCGGACUAGUCUGCCUCCGAUUGAGAAGCCACAGGAGAAACCCGCGGAAUCGCCAGAAGAGAAGCCUAAGGAGGACCUCAAAUUGCCAAGCAUCUCCAGGGACCGGCUGAGUGAGGCGGAGAACGUUUCAGCCCUGUUCGACCAGGCAGACAACAUUCUCCAGAAUCCAGAGGAGUACUCCAAACUCACCGUCAAUGCCCCACCUGCCCUGUGA